CGCCGCCGCCGCCUCCGCCGGAGCGCGGGUGGAGGGGGGCGGGGAGAGCUGCCGGCCGCCCCGCUCCGCGGAGCCCAGCAGGAAGAAGGGCGCGAGCGGGCGAGUGCAGGCGGCGCGAGCGGAAAAAGCGCCCGCACGGGGGAACGAAAAGAAGAAAAGAAAGAAAACGAGCGCGAGAAGGGAAAAGCGAGCGAUCGAGCGAGUGCGCGCGCGAAAACUCCCGACAGCACUUUCAUUUGGACCCUUGGAUGCCCAUUGAACAGAUGCUUGAGAACUGCAAGUAAUCUUCAGACUGUAGCAUAACUAUAAGGCCUGUCCUCUGUGUGGGGAGGAGAUCACCCAUGUGCUGUGGAAAUGAACGGGGAGCAGCAGAUUGAUGCAGAUGCUGGAUCUGGAGUGGAAGAAGUGGAAUUAAGCUGGGAAGACUAUCUAGAAGAGACAGGAUCCACAGCAGUUCCCUACGGGUCUUUUAAACAUGUGGACACACGUUUGCAGAAUGGAUUUGCUCCUGGGAUGAAACUGGAGGUGGUUGUGAAAACCGAUCCUGAAACCUACUGGGUUGCCACCAUCAUUACCACCUGUGAGCAGUUGCUCCUCCUCCGCUACGAUGGCUACGGGGAGGACCGGAGAGCAGACUUCUGGUGUGACAUCAGGAAGGCUGACCUCUACCCCAUUGGGUGGUGUGAGCAGAAUAAGAAGACCCUCGAAGCCCCGGAAGGAGACAUACCUAAAUGGAGAUAUUCUGAAAGAAUAAACAUAAAAGGAUGGACAAAGAUACAUAGACAAAUGCAAAUAGAAAAGAAAGCAGGAGUCUCAGUCUUGAUAUCUGACAAAGGUGGAAUUCAGAUCAGAAAGCACUGCAUCAGAGAUAAAGUGUCUGAUCUGGAUGAGUUUCUGCGGCAGACCCUGAUGGGAGCAUGUAGUCCUCCUGUUCCGCUGCUAGAGGGCCUCCGUAAUGGGAGGAAUCCUUUAGAUCUCAUUGCUCCAGGUUCCAGGCUGGAAUGUCAAGCUUUCCAGGACUCUUUAAGUACUUGGAUUGUUACUGUAGUAGACAACAUUGGAGGAAGGCUGAAGCUGCGUUAUGAAGGACUUGAGAGUUCUGAUAAUUUUGAACAUUGGUUGUAUUACUUGGAUCCAUUUCUUCAUCAUGUUGGUUGGGCUGCUCAACAGGGAUAUGAGCUUCAGCCCCCAUCAGCCAUCAGACAUCUGAAAACUGAAGUUGAGUGGCAAGAGAUCUUGGCCAAAGUGAAAGAGGAGGAGGAAGAGCCAUUACCAUCUUACUUAUUUAAGGAUAAACAAGUGAUCGGCGCUCAUUCAUUCUCUGUAAAUAUGAAAUUGGAAGCUGUGGAUCCCUGGUCUCCUUUUGGGAUCUCUCCUGCUACAAUUGUUAAGGUUUUUGAUGAGAAGUAUUUUCUGGUGGAAAUGGAUGAUUUGCGACCAGAGAAUCGUGCACAGCGAUCCUUCGUGUGUCAUGCUGACAGUCCUGGUAUUUUCCCUGUGCAGUGGGGUCUGAAGAAUGGUUUACACAUCAGUCCCCCUCCUGGCUACCCAGGCCAGGACUUUGAUUGGGCCGACUACCUCAAACAGUGUGGUGCUGAAGCUGCUCCCCAGAGGUGCUUCCCUCCGUCAAUUUCUGAGCAUGAAUUUAAGGAGAACAUGAAGCUUGAGGCAGUGAACCCUCUUCUCCCUGAAGAAGUGUGCGUUGCCACCAUUACUGCAGUGAGAGGCUCCUACCUGUGGCUCCAGUUGGAGGGUUCUAAGAAACCCAUACCUGAAUUUAUUGUGAAUGUGGAAUCCAUGGAUAUAUUUCCUUUGGGCUGGUGUGAAACCAAUGGCCAUCCCCUCAGCACUCCUCGCCGAGCACGAGUACACAAACAGAGGAAAGUUGCAGUGGUUCAACCAGAAAAACAAAUACCAUCCUCAAGGACUGUCCAUGAGGGUCUGAAGAAUCAGGAGCUGAGCUCCACAGACUCAGUUAUGAUUAAUGGAAAAUAUUGCUGUCCAAAGAUAUACUUCAACCACCGUUGCUUCUCAGGGCCAUAUCUUAACAAAGGAAGGAUCGCUGAGCUGCCUCAAUGUGUGGGACCCGGGAAUUGUGUCCUGGUCCUCAGAGAGGUCCUCACUUUACUGAUCAAUGCAGCCUAUAAACCCAGUCGUGUCCUUCGGGAGCUGCAGCUGGACAAAGACUCUGUGUGGCAUGGAUGUGGGGAAGUCCUCAAGGCCAAAUACAAAGGAAAGAGUUACCGAGCUACUGUCGAGAUAGUGAAAACAGCAGAUCGGGUGACUGAAUUCUGCCGGCAAACCUGUAUCAAACUGGAGUGCUGUCCUAAUCUCUUUGGUCCACGGAUGGUUCUGGAUAAGUGUUCAGAGAACUGCUCUGUACUUACAAAGACUAAAUAUACACACUACUAUGGAAAGAAGAAAAAUAAAAGAAUUGGGAGGCCACCUGGUGGGCAUAGUAACUUAGCAUGUGCCCUGAAAAAAGCGAGUAAGAGGAGAAAGAGGCGAAAAAAUGUUUUUGUUCAUAAGAAGAAACGCUCCUCUGCAUCUGUUGAUAAUACCCCAGCGGGCUCUCCCCAGGGAAGUGGAGGUGAAGAUGAGGAUGACCCAGAUGAAGGGGAUGAUGAUUCCCUAAGUGAGGGCAGUACAUCUGAGCAACAGGAUGAGCUACAGGAAGAGUCAGAAAUGUCAGAAAAAAAAUCAUGCUCCUCCUCUCCCACCCAAAGUGAGAUAUCCACAUCACUGCCUCCAGACAGACAGAGAAGAAAAAGAGAGCUUCGCACUUUUUCAUUUUCUGAUGAUGAGAAUAAACCUCCUUCACCAAAGGAAAUAAGGAUUGAAGUUUCUGAAAGGCUUCACCUGGACAGUAACCCCCUGAAGUGGAGUGUGGCGGAUGUUGUGCGGUUCAUCAGAUCCACCGACUGUGCUCCGCUAGCAAGAAUAUUCCUAGACCAGGAAAUUGAUGGGCAGGCCCUGUUGCUCCUUACCCUUCCCACCGUUCAAGAGUGCAUGGACUUAAAACUGGGCCCUGCCAUCAAACUUUGCCAUCACAUAGAGAGGAUCAAGUUUGCUUUUUAUGAACAGUUUGCCAACUGAGAAGGACAACCAAAGUGAGCUGUAUCUUUGAAGCACAAAUGCAGCAAAUCCUUCGCCCUGCUCUACAAGUGGAGCUGAAAUAGUCCUGGGGCUCUGGGCCCUGCAGGUGUCGGCUUGCUCUCUUUGCACUUUCAGGGAAGGAGGACCCACACUGAGUAAGCAAAAACUGCACAGAAGUGGCUCUCCUGCCAGUGAAAAUGUGGGCAUCUCUUGUUCAGCAGAUUGCAGUUUAAAAAAAAUAAAGGUUGUGAAGAAAAGACUCCUAUAGAAGAAUAAGCAUUUCCACUGGUGUGGCCUGAAAACGAAGAAUAAUCUAGGUUGCUGGAAAGCACCCUUUUGGUUUUCUUUUUGUUCUUUCUGUUCCUUCCCAUUGUAGAUUGAACUUUGUUCUCUGCUUUCUCUUUCUUGGAAAGAGAGAACAUAGCUUUAAGUCAGCACUGAUUUGGGACUGUGCCUAAGGCACAUCAGUGCUUCAUUGUCAUUGUGUUUUUUAAGGUUUUUUAAAUUAAAACAGUUCAUUUUGGGGAUGA